ACGUAACGUAGUCGCCCCACUUCCUUCAUCGUAACAUCUCCUGGAGCUGAAGCACCAUUAGUGUUUUGCACGCAAUGAGUGUUGUAAGGCGUUUCGCGACUAUUCCGGGUCCUAGGCCUCUUCCUCUGCUGGGGAACUCCUGGCGCUUUGCUAUUGGACAGAAACCGUGGCAAACACGGAGCUUAGAUGUUACGCUAUGGAAUCUACGAGCACUAGCUGGUGCUGGCGGAGCCGCUAAAGUGGCCAAAUUGUUUGGACAUCCAGAUUUAGUAUUUCCAUUUUGUGCCGAAGAAACAGCAAAAGUGUAUAGGCGGGAGGACUCUAUGCCGCACAGAGCAGUGGCACCAUGUCUAAAGCAUUACAAACAGGAACUACGGAAGGAUUUUUUUGGCGAUGAGCCCGGCUUAAUAGGCGUACACGGCAUGCCUUGGUCAAAGUUCAGAUCAAAAGUUUCGAAAGCUCUCGUGGCUCCGGAAGCAGCAAAAGCGGCUGUACCAUCACUUGACGACGUGGCCGUAGAUUUUUUGGACAGAAUGGAAAAAAUUAUGGAUCAUAAUAGAGAAAUGCCUAAAGAUUUUCUAACGGAAUUAUACAAAUGGGCUUUAGAAUCAGUUGGGGCGUGGGCCCUGGGCACGAGAUUAGGAUGUUUAAGUGAAAAAGAUAACGAUGCAAAAGAAAUCAUAAAAAACAUUCACGGUUUCUUCCACAGUGUACCAGAACUCGAACUAUCUGCUCCACUGUGGAGGAUAUAUUCAACUAAAGCAUACAAAACCUACGUCGACGCCUUGGACUCCUUCAGAAAUCUUUGCUUGAAGAGAUUGACAGAUAAAGGAGUUUGCGCUAAAAUUGCUAAAAGUUCCGGCGAGAAAGUCGCAACGAUAUUGGCUUUAGAUUUAUUAUUGGUCGGUGUAGACACAACCGCAGCGGCUGCGGCCAGCACGAUGUAUUUACUUGCGAAAAAUUCAAGAGCACAAUGCAGGUUGCAAGCGGAACUAGACAAUAGCCUUCCUGUGGGUAGAUUGCUCAAUAGCCAAGAUUUAGAACGACUACCGUAUUUACGCGCUUGUAUAAAGGAAGCUUUGCGAAUGAAACCGGUCAUCUUAGGAAAUGGACGUUGCUUACAAUCCGACGCUAUCAUAUCUGGAUAUGAAGUUCCGAAAGGGUCGCACAUCGUUUUCCCUCACUACAUCAUGUCGAAUGAGGAACGAUACUUUCCAAAUCCGCACGACUAUACACCGGAACGUUGGUUGAGAGACACAGAACGCACCGACGAUCAUGUAUCUUCCAAAUCUUGUUACAUAGAAAACGAAUCGAAUGAUAAGAUUUGCGAACACGCUAAAGCAGCAUUAAUAGCUAAAAGGCAGAGGGAAGUAGGAAUCCAUCCAUUUGCGUCUCUUCCAUUUGGUUUUGGCAGACGUAUGUGUAUCGGGAAGAGAUUCGCUGAAGUGGAACUGCAACUUAUGCUCGCUAAGAUAUUUCAUAAAUACAACGUGUCUUGGAGGUACGGGGAACUGACGUACAGUGUUACACCGACCUACGUACCAAAUGAACCCCUGCAGUUUACAUUAGACAACAGAAAAAAAGGAAAAUGACAAAUUGAAGACUUAACCUACACAAUUAAUUCUUAGAU